GCAGCAGUCAAGCAAAUAUUUCUGCUCGACGGGUCGUGCCUUGCGCGAAACAAGCGACUACCUGUCAAUUACGUAGUUGAUCGUAAUAUCGGAAAUUUCGUUUCUCCGAUACGGUUCGUCAUCUUGGACGCCUGGACCGAUGGUUUUUUCAGUGCUGUGAUUUAUUUUUACCGAUCGAUUGACACAUUAUAAAGAUUCUUCGAAGAAAAUUUUAAAUAUGUCGCAUAAACACAGAGGAAAAGGAGCCUACAGUAAACAUGGCAGAAGAGAAACUGAUGACUUUCAUCUAUAUGAAGGCUCAACUUCUGAUAAAUCAAGAGGACGCAAAGACAAGAGCGCAAAAGACAGAAGUCCUCACCGCAAAGAUAAACAAAGUCACAGUGGUCCAAGCCAUCCACCAGGAUUAAAAGGCAAAGAAAUAGGUUUAUAUUAUAGGGAUAAACAAAAGGCCAAAAAUGCCAGGAAGGAUGAUACAGUUACCUUGAAGCUACAUCCUAGUACAGAAAGGCAAAUUAAAGACUUAAUAGACGUUCCAAAAAGUUCCUACGAUAAGCAUUUUAAUCUUAAGGAUGUUGGUGAUGAUACUAGUUUUGAAUCUAGAUAUAAUCACAUAAAUGAAUCUCAAUUUAAAAAGAAAUUCUUGAGUAUAAUAACUGGUACUCUGAAUGAAAAUCUGGAAAAAGCUUUAGCUGAAAAAUCCAAAUUAGUUAGAAAUGAAAGAUUAGAUAUACAGUUACUAGAUGAAUUAGCUGAGCAACAAGCCCAACCUAGGUAUAAAAAAAUGAUGGAAUUUCGUAUGAAAUUACCAGCUUACGAAAAGAAGCAAGACAUAAUAAAUUUAUUAAGUUCUAAUCAAGUUAUUUUAAUUAGUGGUGAAACUGGUUGUGGAAAGACAACACAAGUGGCCCAAUUUCUUUUGGACUAUGAACUCGAAUGUGGAAGAGGUAGCACAACGAAUAUUAUAUGCACACAACCUCGAAGAAUUUCAGCUGUGUCGGUGGCUGAAAGAGUUGCUGCAGAAAGGGCAGAUAGACUUGGAAAUUCAGUUGGAUAUCAUAUUCGUCUGGAACGAAAAUUAGCAAGACCUUAUGGCAGCGUCACAUUUUGUACUACAGCUAUGUUAUUACAAUUCUUACAAAUGGAUCCUGCAUUGAAAAAUUAUUCUCACAUAAUUUUAGAUGAAAUUCAUGAACGUAGUACCCAAAGUGACUUCAUCAUUACUUUAUUAAAACAAAUUUUACCCAGGAGACCUACUCUCAAGCUUAUACUGAUGAGUGCCACGUUAAAUUCUGAGCAAUUUUCAAAAUAUUAUGACAAAUGUCCAACUUUGCACAUCCCAGGAUUUACAUAUCCAGUAGAAGAAUAUUACUUGGAAGAUGUACUACAUCUCACAAAUUUCAAAUUUGAAGAAAAUAUUGUAUAUACUAAUGGAAAAAAACGCAUGAAAAAACAAGAAGCGGCAAACGACACUUUUGAAAAAUUCAUUGGGCCUUAUAUUAGACAGUUGCAACAUACAAAAAAGUAUCCGCAAAGAGUUUUGGAUCAGUUAAAAAAUCCAAAAAGCGAAGAACUCUCGAUUGAUCUCGUCUUUGAAUUAGUGAGGCACAUUUGCUCACAGAGAAAUAAUCCUGGAGCAAUUUUAAUCUUUCUACCCGGCGUGAUGGAUAUCACUAAAUUGCAUAGGCAGAUGCAAGAUAGUCAUUUCUUCCCCUCGAGCAGGUACGAUAUAUACCCGCUGCACUCGAGGAUGCCUACCAUAGACCAGAAGCGCGUGUUCCAAGUACCGCGCAACGAGGUGCGCAAAAUAAUCAUCGCCACCUCGAUCGCGGAAACGUCGAUCACGAUCGAGGACGUCGUCUACGUGAUCGAUUGCGGCAGAACGAAGCUUACCAAUUUCCAAGUGAAGAAUAACUUGGACACAUUGGACUCGGAAUGGAUCAGCGAGGCGAACGCCCUGCAACGCAAGGGACGUGCUGGCAGAGUCAAAGCUGGAAUCUGCUAUCAUCUUUACACGAAAUGCCGAGCCGCUGCCUUCGACAAGUAUCCUCUACCGGAAAUGUUGAGAACGCGCUUGGACGAAGUCAUAUUGCAGGUGAAAAUUCUCCAGAUCGGCAAAGCUGACAGAUUUUUAGCCAGUAUGAUGGACCCGCCAGAAGCCAAGGCGAUCGAUCUCUCGCUCAAAUUAUUGCGCGAACUCAAUGCCCUGGACGAGAAGGAGAACCUCACUCCAUUGGGCUAUCACUUGGCUCGUUUGCCUCUCGACCCCAGAACAGGCAAAAUGAUAAUUUGGGCAGCCAUGUUCUCGUGCAUCGAUCCGGUCUUCUCCAUAGCCGCCAGUCUGUCGUUCAAGGACGCCUUCUACUGUCCCAUGAACAAGGAGGAGGAGGCGCGCAAGAAGAAGCUCGAACUGGGCCAGAAUCAGUACAGCGAUCACAUCGCCCUGGCCGAGGCGCUGAGCACCUACGAGGAGCUGAGCUCGCAGCCCGGCAACGCCGCCUACAGCUUCUGCCGUAGGUACUUUCUGUCCUGGAACACGCUCAAGCUGCUGUCGGACAUGAAGCAACAGUUCGCCCGCUACCUGUGCGAAAUGAAAUUCUUGGCCAACAGCAAUCCGAAGGACGGCUCGGCGAAUACCAAUUCGCUAAACAAGUCCCUCGUCAAAGCCAUUGUCUGCGCCGGCUUGUAUCCGAACGUGGCCAUUGUCAAAGGGGUCACGAAAGGCGGCGUCAGAUGCGUGACUACGGAAGAAGAGAAGGUGAAAUUGCACAUAUCCAGCAUAAACGAUAAAGCGCGCUCGUUUCCGAGUCCUUAUCUCACUUACUACUUAAAAAGAAAGUCCACGGGAAUUUUCUUGUUCGAUACGACUUGCGUAAGUCCCUGGGCUUUGCUUUUCGCAUCUCCUAAUGCAAAUGGCGCGAUAAGUUCAAAAAGUAAUAAGAGCAUAAUCAAACUAGGUCCUAUGCUGCAAUUUAAUUGCGAGUCAGGCACUGCGCAUAUAUUUCAGAAAUUGCACAAAAAGCUCGACGCUUUAUUAGAGAAUAAAAUUAAUCAUCCAGGAACCAUCGACUGGAACAGUAACGAGGGUAAUAUUUUAAGGGCUAUCAUCCUGCUUUUAUCAGUAGGCGAUGAGAACAUGGGCGUAGAUUCCGGACGUUACGAUUACUCCGUAACGUACGACGAAAAUAGUGCAUCCGAUCUCGACGAUUAGAUUGAGUUAUUGGAAGCGUAUCGAAAGAAGAAAGGGAGAACAAAAAUCUGUAUUAUUAUUUUUGUAGAAAAUAAGCUCGAACUUUUACUCCGUUCAUACAUUGUUACGAGUAUUGUUGUCAGGCGCUUAAUGGGGGUUCAACGAUUCUACGAGUAUUCGAAAAUAAAAAUAAUUUUUCACUAAAA